GCUUGACGCCGCCCGGGGGCAGAGAAGCAGUACACCGUCACUGUACAGCACUACAGGGCCGCUUUGUGGUCCCAAACAUGGCUUUGUGGUGAUGAGUGACGUCGGCUGUGGAAGCUGUGGUCCCGCCGUGCCUUUGUAGUCGUGACGGGCAGAGCCAGCGGCAGCAGCAGCAGCAGUAGCAGUAGCAGCGGCGGCGGUGGCAGCAGCAGCAGCAGCGGCAGCAGCAGCAGCAGCAUGGCGUCAGUUUCCCCCCGCCGCACAUCUGUCAGUGCUCCGUCUCCGGCCGCCGCCUUCGUCCUGCUCUGGCUGUCACUGACCACAGUACAGGGCUCUCAGGGCGACAAGGAGCCGGUCUACCGGGACUGCGUGAAGCUAUGUGUCCGGACUAACUGCACCGGAGCUCGGCUACGAGGCUUCGAGUCUGCCCAGCCGCAUUACAUGGCGCUGACAGGGUGGACGUGUCGUGAUGACUGUCGCUAUCAGUGCAUGUGGACCACAGUGGGUCUUUACCAGGCCGAGGGCUACAGAGUCCCACAGUUCCACGGCAAGUGGCCGUUCGCACGCUUCCUGUGUUUUGAGGAGCCUGCGUCUGCUCUGGCCUCUCUGCUCAACGGCCUCGCUUGUCUCCUCAUGCUGCUGCGCUAUCGGAGCACAGUGCCACGUCAGAGCCCCAUGUAUCACACCAUCAACGCCUUCUCACUGGUUUCUCUCAAUGCCUGGUUCUGGUCCACGGUGUUUCACACCAGGGACACCUAUCUCACUGAGAAAAUGGACUAUUUCUGUGCCACAGCAGUCAUUCUCUACUCCAUCUACCUUUGUUGUGUCAGAACUCUGGGUCUGAGGCGACCUGGUGUGUCCAGCAUGGUGGGAGUGCUGCUCAUCUUGACCUUUACGUCGCAUGUGUCCUACUUGACCUUCGUCAGCUUUGACUACGGCUACAACAUGGCUGCUAACGUCAGCAUCGGCAUGGUGAACCUGCUGUGGUGGCUGUGUUGGUGCUGGCAGAACCGGCGGACGCUGCCGUACUGGUGGAAGUGUGUUCUGGUGGUGCUGCUGCUCCACGGUCUGGCCCUGCUGGAGCUGCUGGAUUUCCCCCCGCUGCUCUGGGUCUUUGACGCUCAUGCCGUGUGGCACCUCAGCACUGUUCCUGUGCACGUUCUUUUCUACAGUUUCCUGAUCGACGACAGCCUCUACUUACUCAACACAGAGAAGAUGGGUGUCAAAGUGGAGUAGGCGGAGCUUAUCACCUCAUCGCCACGCCUACACCGUCACAGCGCUGUGAUCGGGGCGACUGGACACCAGAACACAGAAGUAGCUCAGCCUCCCAGAUGACAUGCAUGAUGCCAUCAGAUCAGCCUUCGUCUACACUUCUCCUCUUUUUAAAUCUUUAUUUAUUUCCUUUGACUUUUGAUUAUUAUUAUACUUGAGAAUUUAUUGAUGCUUGAUCGACUUGACUUUGCCUUGUUGCUGUGUGUGUGUGUGUGUGUGUGUGUGUGAGAGAGAGUGUGAGCAGCAUCAUAGAACUGUGACACACUUGAACUCUGCAUGAAUGACAAUAGAUGGCACCACGUCACUUUAUCCAGGCCAUGGUGAACCUUCUCUCUGUGUGUGUGUGUGUGUGUGUGUGUGUGUGUGUGUGUGUGUGUGUGUGUGCGCAUAGAUUCAUCCAGAGAGCGGGAGAAGCAGGGUUUCUGUGUGGAGGUCAUUCCAGCUGACGGUGUUUUCAUGUUCUCACCAUCACACGUUUAUUUUUGUGCCUCUGUUGUUUUUUAAUCGUCUUUAUUCUUCUGUUUGACCGAUGUGUGCUUUAUUCUAUCCACACUUUAAGCUCUGAUGUUUGUGAUGAUGACGAUGUUGUUGUUUUUAUUCACAUGGAUUGCCUUUCAGUGUGAGCUCGGCAGUAGAAGCAGGUUGUUUUUUCACAUACAGAACAUGAAGAGUUUCUAAUGAAUUCUGGAUUCAGAGAAAGUGUGUGUGUGUGUGUGUGUGUGUGUGUGUGUGUGUGUGUGUGUGUGUGUGUGUGUGUGUGUGUGUGUGAGCGAGCGAGCGAGCGUGUGUGUGUGUGUGUGAGCGAGCGAGCGAGCGUGCAUGCGCAUGUGUAAGAGUAAGAGAGAGGGUUUGACACUCAUUAUUUUGACUUGGUUGCAAUAUAUCCACAUACACACCAUCAUGUAAAACACUUCAUGUCUGCCUUACACAACAUGACGACCUGAGAGCAGAUCUCAGUGUCCAUAUAUGUGCACCUUUGUGUGUGUGUGUGUGUGUGUGUGUGUGUGUGUGUGUGUGUGUGUGUGUGAGAGAGUGAGCUGGAUUGUGCUCGAUCCUUUUGUAACAGUGUGUGUGUGUGUGUGUGUGUGUGUGUGUCUGCUGACAGCCUGUGACGGGGGAGCAGAGGUCGUCAUUGGCCUCAGUGGCAGAAGAUUGAUGAAGUUGUGAUGGAGAGAUGACAACAUGUAGACCAAAGUACUGCUUCAUGGUUAUUGGAUUUAUGAAAUGAUGAUCUGAUCAUAAACAUCUAAAAAUCCAAAACACAUCACUCUCAUGUCACUAACACUAAGUCAUGUGCUGCCCCCUGCCUGCUGCCCCGUGACGUGUCACUUUCCUCCUCACUGAACAUGUCGACCAAAAAUAAAACUGAGGGAUUUAAUCAUUAAAGAUGGUCUUUAUUGAUGAGGAA